AAAAAAGACCGACAACUUUUUCAAUUCCGAAGAUAUCUAGAUUUAGCUAGGAAAAGAUCCGAGAAAAUCCAACCGUCCAUUCUGCUUUGCAUCUAUCUCAUCAAAUCACCUAUCCUCUUUUGCCGCUCCCUUCUGAUCCACAGCCGUCCUUCAAAUUCCGGCCGGCCAAUCUGCAAUUCCGAUUUUCCUUCGAUCUCUUGCGAAUCCCCUUUCUGCACCUUCCUAGGGUUUCAUUGACAACAUGACUCUUUCCGAUGACGAAGACGAGAAUCUAGCUCAAUUUCUGGAAUCAGAAGUCCUCUCGGAGGUCUCUGACAAGGAAGAGGAAAAUGUGGAGGAACCGAAAGCAAAGAGAAAGCGCGUGGAGGAGGAUGAGAUUACUAAGCAAAAACAAAGUUCUGAUUCAUCAUCUGCGCCCAAGAACAUUGUUGUCAGUAAUGGGGUGGUGCUGAGAAGGAUUGAGACUGGUUAUUUCAGUCAAAUCCCACCUGAGCUUUUCAAUCAUAUCCUUAAAUUUUUGUCCUCCGAGGACCUUGUUUCUUGUUCCUUAGUUUGUAGGUUUUUGAAUUAUGCUGCAUCGGAUGAGGCAUUAUGGCGUCGCUUGUACUGUAUGCGAUGGGGCAUUCUUCCCCCUACAAGGAAGUUAAGGGAAUGCCCAUGGAAAAAGUUAUACAUUCAGCGUGAUGGAGAGGACAUGGUUGAACUUGUUAGAAGCUGCCAAAAUGAGUUUAAGGAGUACUACAUUCAAAUGCAAGCAGCUAAGCGAAGUCAAGCACCUCAUCCUUCACAGUUGAAGGACGAUAGGAUAAUCCUUGACAAAACAUUAGCUGAUCAAGUGUCAUCAUGGAAAAGCAGCAGGGGUCUAAGUGAUACAGUGGUGACUGAUCAUGCUUGUUCUGGGGAAACGUGCUCUUACUACCAUAUUGGAGAUGUAUUUAUUUGUGAGAAGACUGGACAAGUUCAUGUUUGUGACGAUACAUGCAGAGAAUUAGUUAUGGAUCCCACAAACGGGCUUUUGGUCUGUACAAUAUCAGGGCACUGUUUAGAUAGAUUAUUGUCACCUUCGGAAGAAAUGGAGCCUGAUACUGAGCAGCAGCAAGGUGGUGUGGCUGAUGAGGCAGAGCCAUUUAUGGGAUCUGGCCGUUUUGCACGAGCUUAUUUGCUGGGAUACAAUUGUGCUGAUGAAAAGGAGCUUGAAGCUACUUUGAGGUUUUGCUGAUCCCCACUUUGAGCUCUUCUAGAGUGGAUGAUCCUAUGUCUCAUCAUUUACCUAUUAGUAUCUAACAUUAAAUAUUUUGCAGUUUCUCUUGGUAGAAGAAUAUUUCCUUAGUCUCAGUUGAAUUUCAGUAGUAACAAUUUCUUUUCUCGUUACUGCAAUUGUUGGUUCUUUAUGUUACAAAAGUGAUCAUUGGUGUGACAUUUUUAGAUUGGUAUGCACCAAAAUGAUUUUGUCAAUAGUCGUAUUACUUGCUUCCCACUCAAAGGCUUAAUUGCGAUGUACUACCUAUUGUAUGAACAUAGGUGACUUUGGCACGUAUAGUUUUAAAUUUUAAUUGCUUAAAUUAAGUAUUUGUACUUUUCAAAUUAAUGAAAUCUAAUUUAUUCUUA